UGCAAUCAAUUCAACGGCUAAGAGUGCAGUACAAUCGAAACUGUAGCUUCCAACAUGAAGGCGUUCAUUGCGUUGUCCAUGGCUUUGGCCAUCGCUUCCUGCGCGGCAGUCGACGAUUCCAACGGUAAGAAGGAGAAACGUGGUCUCUGGGAGCUGAGUGACGAUCAUAGCAACUUCGGAUAUGAUGACCAUUUUGACCACUAUGACGAUCAUCAUCACGCUGUGAAACACGUAUCCACAACCAUUACCAAGAAAGUUCCUGUUCCAUACCCAGUUGAAGUUGAGAAGCACGUCCCAGUUCCAGUGAAGGUCCCAUACCCAGUUCAUGUCGAGAAAAAGGUCCCAGUCUACGUUGAAAAGAACGUUCCAGUCUACGUGGAGAAGAAGGUCCCAGUUCACGUUGAUCGUCCCGUUCCAUACCCAGUGGAAGUGAAAGUCCCCGUUGUUCAGAAGGAAUAUGUCGAGGUCCCGAAACCGUACGCAGUUCAUGUUGAGAAGCCAGUUCCAGUGUACGUGCAGAAGCCGGUGUAUGUUGAGAAGCACGUCCCAGUGACGGUGCACAUCAAGGAACACAAGAAGCACUGGGGUCUGUUCUAAGAUGUUAGUCCAACAAUGUGAUGAUUUGUUGAAAGAAUAAAUGCACAAUACAUGUAAAUAAUGC